AUGACGGUAGAUUUGUUCCGAGACACGGCGGUCGGACAGAUCAUUCGUUACUCCUCGAGCAACCGAUGGCUUAAAUACCCCGAGGAACUGCCAGGCUUUGUGCCCCCUCAGUGUUAUUGCAACAAAAAUCAUGUGUUGGAGAAACAUUCGAUCGAGGGUCUCGACGUAGCUUCGACCCCAACGGACCAAGCCACUGCAGUGGAAGAAGAAGAAGGCUCAGAGAUUGGGUUCAGAGGCCUUACAGAACAAAAAACCAUAGAUGAUGAAGACGGUGUUCGACGCUCGAGCGGUACAAUUGCCAUUUACCGAACAAAGACAAGAGAGGAAACCCUCCCAUUCAGCGCAGAGAGAUUCGAGAUCGAAGGAGCGGCUCUUGAGACUCGAACGGCAUCAUUGCCGGUUUUGCCUGUGGUCACGAACACAGGCGAGAUCUUAGUGGACUGGUAUACCACGGAUGAUCCUGCCAAUCCUCAGAACUGGGCGCCAAAGAAAAAGUACCUUUCAGCGUUUAUCAUUUGUAUCUACACCUUUGCCGUCUAUUCCGGAAGCGCCAUAUACACACCCUCCGAGGGUGGCGUCAUGAUCGCAUUCGGUGUCAGUGCUCCAGUGUCCUCCCUCGGGCUCGCUCUGUACGUCUUGGGAUACGGCUGUGGCCCUUUACUGUUCUCUCCACUCUCGGAAGUCCCUCGGUUCGGAAGAAACUCGACUUAUGUGGCGACGUACGCCAUAUUCGUGAUACUCUGUAUUCCGACGGCUUUGGUAAACAAUAUCGGUGGCCUUCUAUUCUUGCGAUUCUUGCAAGGCUUCUUCGGAAGUCCAUGUCUGGCCACCGGACCGGCAACCAUGCAGGACAUUUUCUCGCUUAUCAAAUUCCCCUACAUCCUGGCAGUCUGGACAUCUUUCUCAUACUGUGGACCAGCGGUCGGGCCCGUACUUUCAGGGUUCGCGGUGGAUGUGAUCAACUGGAGAUGGUCUAUUUGGGAGAUGUUACUCAUAUCCGGCCCGAUAUUCAUGCUUAUGUUCCUUUUGAUGCCCGAGACUUCUGCCGAUAACAUCCUUUAUCGUCGAGCCGAGCGUCUCCGAUCGUUGACAGGUAAUCAGCGCCUUCGAACAGGAUCAGAAAUCAAGCAAGGCCAGAUACCGUUCUAUUCCGUGCUCACUGAUGCUCUCAUCAAGCCUAUACAGAUAUCCAUUCUCGAUCCUGCUGUCCUGUUCGUCAAUGUCUAUACCUCUUUCGUUUACGCGACUUACUACUCCUUCUUCGAAGCUUUCCCGAUUGUCUAUUCGGAUAUCUACCAUUUCAAUCUUGGACUGGUCUCUACAGCCUUCCUUUGUAUCCUAGUCGCGUGCAUACUAGGGGUCAGCACUUACAUGGCGUAUCUCUGGUUCUACCUUGAACCGAGAAUAAGAAAGUACGGAUUAAGCAUUCAAGAAUCUUGGCUGCGGCCGGCGCUAAUCGCAGUCUUCAUGCCUACCGUUGGUUUAUUUUUGUUUGCCUGGACUUCGCGAGCAGACAUCCACUGGAUCGUGAGUAUCAUUGGUAUCACCAUCUACGGAUUUGGUGUAUUCAUCAUCCUUCAGUGCAUAUUUGUUUACAUACCAAUGUCGUAUCCUCAGUAUGCUGCUUCUCUAUUCGCUGGAAACGACUUCUGUCGCUCCGCGCUUGCCUGCGGUGCCAUCAUGUUUGCGCGACCACUGUACCUUAACCUCGGUAUUGGUCGAGGUGUCACUGUCCUUGCGGGCUGUAGCACUUUAGGUAUUGGUGGCAUGUUCUUUCUAUACUUUUACGGGGCUAGAUUGAGAGUGAAGUCUAAGUUCACCAUUAAGGAAUAA